AUGCCAUUGAACCUGUUGCAGGACUGGUGUGUGUGUGUGUGGGGGGGGGGAAAUCUGAACACCCAGAGGUCUAUGCUGAUCCUGGGGAUUCUGGAGGAUUGUAGUGAGGAUGAGUUUGAGGAGACUCUCCAUGAAGCUCUCAAGCAUCUGGGAAGAUACAGGAUCAUCGGCAGGAUGUUUAGGAGGGAGGAAAAUGCCCAGGCCUUUUUGGUGGAACUUGUAUGUGAUUUUGACUAUGCUUUGGUGCCCAGGGAAAUAGAAGGAAAGGGUGAGCCCUGGAAAGUGGCUGUGAAAUCCCCUAAUUCAGAUGAUGAAUUUCUUAGUAGACUGAAUCACUUCUUAGAAGAGGAGAGGCGCACAGUGUCAGACAUGAACAGGGUCCUAGGGACACACUCUAAUUAUUCACCUACCAAAACAGCUAUAUCAGCAGAUUUCUGGGUCUGGGCUCAGACUCUAAGUGCAGUGAUGCAGCCUCUACUACAACAAAUGUUAUACCGAGAACUAAUAGUCUUUUCUGGAUUCAUAUCAAUCCCAGGGUUGUUGGCCUUUGAUUCCUGGCUUGAGCACACCACUGACAUGUUACAGAUGUGGCAGGUACCUGAGGUGGAAAUUGCCCAGCUGAAAUUUUGCAAGGCUUAUCAGGAACCAGGAGAGGAAGUUUCUAGCUUUGUGGUGCAUUUGGAGACCUUGCUCCAAAAAGCCCUAGAGAAAAAUGCAAUAUCUCGAAAGAAUGUGAAUCAGACCCGCCUGAAACAAAUCUUAGGUGGGGCCAUCCUUUCUGCAAAACUGAGAGAGAAACUUAAGGUGCUGAAACAACAUAGAAGACCACCUGGUUUCCUGGCCCUAGUGAAGUUUUUCCGUGAGGAGGAGGAAGAGUGGGAGGCCACUAGGGGUCCAGAGAGGAGUUACUAUGAGGUGCUGGAGUUAGUUCUAAGUCCCUUUAACAUAGGCAGUGAGGAGAGAACACUAUUUGUUCCAGCCUUUGGCAGUGUUCCUGAGGCAAGGCCUUACCAGGGUUCCCGCCAUCGCUGGAGGAGAGGCCAGCACCGAAGGGGAGGUGUGCCCAGGGAUGGUCCUCAAGGCACAAGAAAGCGGAAUUAUGAAUUAUAAAACUAUAGUUGUGGGGAAGAUGGCCAUAUCAGAGUACACUGUUUUAACCCUUCCAACCGGACCUUGGUGAAGCAGAAGAAACAGGCUAUAAUGCAGAAGGGAAACAGGAACUGGGCUUGGGAGAAGAGCCAUCCGAAGCCCAAAACCAUGUAG